AGCUCAGACGCAAACCGCCGCAUCGCUAACAAAAAUAUUUACAAAUUUUCAUUGCCUUACUUUUACCGAAUAGAUUUUAGUGCAAUUGUCAUCCCAGCGCCACCAUGACGAUGCGACCUGAUGACCACCGAAGGAAAUGGGACAAGAACGAGUACGAGAAGCUGGCGGCGGAGCGGCUGCUCAACCAGGUGGCACCCAAGGAAGAAGAACCCGUACAGCGGGAGAACCUCAAGCGACGCGACUAUAAGGUGGACCUGGACAGCAAGCUGGGCAAGAGCGUUGUCAUCAACAAGAACACACCCACCUCGCAAUCCGGUGGCUAUUACUGCAACGUUUGCGACUGCGUGGUCAAGGAUUCCAUCAACUUUCUGGACCACAUCAAUGGCAAGAAGCACCAGCGCAAUCUGGGCAUGUCCAUGAAGGUGGAGCGGAGCACCGUCGACCAGGUAAAGGAGCGCUUCCAGCAGAACAAGAAGAAGAUGGAGGAGAAGCAGAAAGACUACGAGCUCGAGCGCCGCCUGCGGGAGGCCAAGGAGGAGGAGGAUCGCUACAAGGAACACCGCAAGGAGAAGCGAAAAGAGCGGAAGCGCAAGGCCGAGGACACGGACUUCGAGUCCGGCGGCAUGCCCGACGACAUGGCCGCCAUCAUGGGCUUCUCCGGCUUCGGUGGAUCAAAGAAGAACUCGUAGGAACUAAGUGUUGAACUGCCCCUCCCCUCCAAUUUUAGCUGUACCAUGAAAUAGAAACUAACCACAAGACGACGCGUCUAGUUUAGCUUGUGACAUUUAUUUUGUAUAUAAUUUCACACCAGUUCAGAAGACACCAGCUACCCGGCUGUUCCCAGUUAGAAUAAUUUAAUAAGCAGUCAGAAGGCAAAAAUUACUAAAAACCAUUUUACUAAAUCUAAGCAUACGGCCGUGGAUCACCUGCGGAAUGAGCUUAGGUGAACACAAAUCCCUGCUCAGUGGGUAUGUCCCACGGCAUGGUAAAGAACUCCCCGGGCAGCUGGGUGCAGUGCGUCGAGUUAUAGUCACGUAAAUGCUUGCGCAGCUGAAAGGUGAACAGUAUUAGAUAUAUAGACCAUUUAAACUGCCGAAUAAACCCACCAAGAACAC